AUGGUGCUGGUGCAACCUUCCAUCUAUGGGAACGACAACUCAUGCAUGCUACAAGCGCUCGACGAGUUGACACCGAAGCACGGACGUGCCGUGGUGGGCCUGGAUCCGAAGACGAUCGACCAUGAGACGAUGGAGAAAUGGCAUGCCGCCGGCGUGCGAGGGGCGAGACUCAAUCUCGUCAGCGUGGGACGAGAAGUCAGCGAGGACGAGCUGCGCGCCGAGCUUGAGAGUUACGCCAGGGUGUUGAAGCCUUUCAAAUGGGUUCUGCAGCUGUACAUCCCCCUGGCGCUGGCCAUGUCGCUGGUGAAUAUUGUGCCCGGUCUUGGAGUCAAGGUAUGCAUCGAUCAUUUCGGAUCGCCUGAUUUGCCUCAGCAUUUCGACCCUUCGAGGACGAUAUAUCCCUACGAUAUGCAGGGAUUCGCGUCGCUAGUGAGUCUUCUGCAGGCUGGGAAUACCUGGGUCAAGCUGUCAGCCCCGUACCGUCUUUCAAACGAUCCUGAGAUGAGAGAUCUGGACCCAGUUGGAAGGGAGUUGAUCAUCAAAGGUGUAAAUCGUGUUGUGUACGCCACGGACUGGCCGCAUACACGGUUUGACAAUAUUGAUUCGGUGCCUUUUAUCGAAAAGUGUUUUGAGUGGUGUGGUGGCGAUGAGCAUGCGAUUGACAGACUAUUUCGUGGGAACGCCGAGGAGCUUUGGGAUGUGGCUGUGGACACGUAA